GAGCCCGAUAUUCGAAUGCCACCGACCCGACUCAACCCGUUUUGUCACAGUAGGAUUCAGCUGGAGACGGUUUUUGUCUCAAAGGUCCCGUCUUUUUCAUCCAUUUGCUCUCUCCAACACCAACACAACAAUCCCAAACCAACUUUUUCUCUCUCUCACAGGUUUCGGAACCAUUUGAAUAGUUGCAUCGUUAAAAUGGAUUAUGAUGGUACUCAUGAAGCAAGUGUUUCUGGCAAUGAUGUUAAUGUUGAGGUCCCGGUAGUGGAGUCGAAGAGAGUGGAGGGUCUUGAAAGGGUCUCAUCUGGUGUGGUUAUUGGAGAAUUACAAAAUGUGGGGGAGGUUAUAAUCAGAGUUGAAUUGGAUCUAGCACGCGCUUCCGAGAAGUUGCUUAAUUUAAAAGGUUUUAUGAUGCAUGUGGGAACCAAGGAGAGUGACUUUGAGGCCUUUAUAUCCAAGGAAGAGCAGACAUCAGUUGAUUCUGCUGAGAGGGCUCUGGAGUUCACUCUCUUAUCUGGAAUUUUAGACUCUGAGGUGAGUGAAUUGGAUAAGCUCAUCGCUUUACUUCAAAUGGAGAUCACGGCUGCCCAGGAGCUACUAUCUUCAUACACAUACUGGGGAGAAACAUUUGCAGUAAUGGAAGAAAAGCUGCAGGAUUCUGAACAAUCUUUGGAGCAGUUGCAAGAACAGGUCUCUGAAAUCCGGAUGCAAUCUCUGAAGUUCCAGAGGACCUUUUCAUGCUCCAAUGGAGAAGAAAAUUCGAAUAACGACAAAGGAGUGGGCCAUUUAGAUGAUGAUAUAUUUUCAAGCAAGAAUGUACUUAUGAAAAUGCAAACUGUUGAACAGCAAAGACAUAUUUUGAGGAUGCUAGAGAAAUCUUUGGCAAGAGAAAUGGAUCUUGAAAAGAAAUUGACUGAAUCAAAACAAGUUGAAGAGGAUCUGAAAUUGAGACUACUCUCGUCAGAACAAGAGGCAUAUUGCAUGGAGGAUGAAGCAGCCGAUGUUUGGGAGAGGUGGUUAGAGGCAGAUAAUGCAUCUGGGGUCAUGAUGGGUAUUUCAAAGGAACUACUGGGUAGACUCCAGAUUCUCCAGUUUAAUUUAAAUGGUUCAGUUCAGCGAGAAGCUGAGCUACAAUUGAAGGUGGAUGCUCUCCUUAAAUCCAACCAAAGCUCUUUGCAGAAGCUUGAAAGUAGCAAUGCAAAACUUAAUGACUUCUUUCAAGCACAGACAGAGAGCUUAAAAGACAGCUUGAAGGAAGCUGAAGAUAAGUUAAUUAUUGCCAAUUCUGAGGCCUUUACUCUGAGCGAAAAGGUGAGUUCGCUUGAAGAUGAAAUCAGUGAAAUGGGAAAUGUUAUUACAGAUCUGAAAGAGAAAGAAUCAAAAGCUGAAGCCCAAUUGAAAUUAUUAACAGAGACUAACACUGAACUUAAUGAAGAGCUCGGGCUUCUUAAGACGCAGUUAACAGAAUCUGACAUGUGGUUGCAGCAUGCAGUGGCAACUGCUGAAGCUAGCCAGGAGAAACAAAACAUGUUGAAUUCGACUAUCAGGGACAUGGAAAAUGUGAUAAAGGAUCUAAAGCAGAAGGUUUCAAAAGCUGAAAGUCGGGCUGACAGUGUAGAGGACAAGUGUGUAUUAAUAUCAGAAUCUAAUGCAGCACUAAAUGAGGAACUAAGCUUUCUGACUGGUAGAUUGAAACGCGUGGAGGCAGCUUUGCAUCAAGCUGAGGAAGCAAAAGUAGCUACUGCAACUGAUAUUGCACUCCGGUCAAAAGUUAUUACAAACUUGAUUGUACAACUUGCUUUUGAAAGAGAGCGCCUUCAUAAGCAGAUGACUGCUUUGACAAUGGAGAACAAAACUCUGAUUCUGAAGUUACAGAUGAACAAUAGUCCAUCUGUGGUUAUGCGCAAUGAUGAUAGAGGAAAUGGUGAAGACUUCAUGCUCUCAAAGCACGAUUUGGUUACUGGUACAACAGAAAGUAGGGAGGAAGCUCAUGAGUUGUCUGCUUGCAAUUCUAAGCUGGAUAGGACUCAAAAAAAUGCUUCUAUGGGUGAGACUGAAGAGGGACCUGCUGAUACUGUGAGGAGAGUUGAUGCAGGAGUUCUGAACUUUAAGCAUGUACUUAUGGCAAUGCUCAUUGUACUGAUUUCAGCUGCAGUUUAUUUCUUUACUCAACAACACUGCCCAUUUUGAUGCUGCUGCAGGGGAUUCCUAUCAUUGAGCUUUACAGUAGCUUCGUCGUCAACAAACCAGUGUAGAGUUAUGCAGAUCUUGAAAAGGAAAAGAGAAAAGGAAGAGAGUAUUAGUCGUUGUCCCUAUAUUCCCUCAAGCAUUACUAUAGUUGUAUCUUAAGAUAAGAGUUGCAUAAGAGAUAGUAAAGUUGAUGUCCUGAUCUUCAGAGGGAUCCUUCUUCUCUAGA